GUGUGUGUGUGUGUGUGUGUGUGUGUGUGUGUGUGUGUGUGUGUGUGUGUGUGUGUGUGUGUGUGUGUGUGUGUCUGUGUGUGUGUGUGUGUGUGUGUGUGUGUGUGUGUGUGUGUGUGUGUGUGUGUGUGUGUGUGUGUGUGUGUGUGUGUUGCGCACAUAGAGGCGUGGUGAUUGAGAAUCUUGUGCCAAUGAUGCAGUAGCGCCUUCCUGUUCAGGGAGGGAGGGGUGGGGGGUGCAUAAACCCCCACACCCCCCCCAAUAAACUGCCAAUCACGCUCUCUGGCUGGCGCUGUGGCCUACCUGCACAUGCGUAGCGAUCCCACAUGCGCUUUACAGUUGCAAAGCAUGGUAGCACUGUUGCCCGCUGACAAGAUGAUGAGACCAUCACUCACCCGCUAUCACAAAAUGGACCGCACAACUGGUGUGAGCGGAAUGUCCGUGGAUGAGAAGCCUGGAGCCCCGAUGUACGUGUAUGAGUCGACGGUCCAUUGUACCAACAUCCUCCUGUGCCUCAACGACCAGCGCAAGCAGGACGUCCUGUGCGAUGUGAGCGUCCUGGUGGAGGGCAAGGAGUUCCGCGGGCACCGCGCCGUGCUGGCCGCCAGCAGCGAGUACUUCCUUCAGGCACUGCUCGCGCACACGCAAGACAAUGAGCUGGUGCUCACCCUGCCCCAAGAGGUCACUGCCAGGGGAUUCGCCCCAUUGUUGCAGUUUGCCUACACGGCUAAGCUGCUGCUCAGCAGAGAAAACAUCCAGGAGGUCAUGCGCUGUGCCGAAUUCCUGCGCAUGCACAACCUGGAGGACUCCUGCUUUCGCUUCCUGGAGGCCCAGAUCCGCAGCGAGGAGGGCGAGGGCGUGGGCGUGGGGGCGCUGCCGGCGCAGCUCUGCCGCAAGGUGGUGCCCAACGCGGGCGCCGGCGACGGGUGUGAGCGCGAUGGCGCUGGUGGUGGUGGCAUCGGCGGAGGCGGCGGGGGCUCUGACGACGAGAGCAUGCAGCUGGAGACGUCGUCUUCGUCAUCGUUGACAGUCUCCUCGUCGUCCAAGCCUCUCGCCGUGCCCAGGUCGGUGUCGCCCAGGUCUCGCCGGGCGGCACGCGGCGGCGGAGAGACCCUCAACUCUCUGCGGGCGAGGCCGUCCGCGGCGGGCGGCGCUGAGGAAGGGAGCCUAGCGGCGGUCGCCGGGGACUACGCCGAGGCCGACGGCCGUCUGAUGAUGGACUUUGACCGGCACCACGGCUCCUCGGACCUGCCGCGCUGUCCCAAGUACAGGAAGUACCAGUGGGCCUGCAACAAGCACAAUAACGACACCUCCUCAUCGCAACACACCAGUACCUCAGGUUUUCCAAGCACAUUCAACGAGAUUGGCAGCGGCGGCGGCGGCGGUGGGGCAGAUCCGAACAUCCCGCCCGACGUGACCGAGAUCAAGGUGGAGCCACAGGGGGACGAGGAGGAGGAGGACGAGGACGAGGAGGAGGCGGGAGGCCUCUGCUUGUCCGGCGACGAGCAGGAGCGCGACUUCAAGGAGCGCAACAACGACGGCGGCCUGAGCGAGAUGGAGCUGGACGGCCACAGCCCCAUGGCCGUGGAGGAGCGGCCCAAGAGCAGCAAGUCCCCCAGCUGCAUCCGGGCGCUCUUCAAGCGCAGCGUGGUGGACGUCCUGCCCUCCAACUCUCUUCCUCCCAACGCGUCCUCUUCCUCCUCGUCGUCCUCUACUUCCCAGCAGCUAUUCACCAACAGACUUGUCUGUGGCCAGGACAAGGGAACCUCUCAGGGAGAGCACCACAACAAGAAGGAGUACCGGCCCUUCUCCUCCUCCUCCUCCUUGUCGCCGGCGGAGCUGGGCCUGCUGCCCGCUGCCCUGCAGAAGGACAUGGCGGUCGUGGACGGCGUCUGCAAACAGGAGGCGGCGGCGCUGGAGCUGGACCGCCGCAGCAGCGUCAUCUUCUCCUCCUCAGGUGCCUGCGACCGGCUCGGUGGCGGUGGCGCGGGGUCGGGGACAGGGUCGGGGCCGGGCGCCGGCGGCUUGGCGACAGGGGUGCCGCCCCCGGCGCACUCCUACCCUGGCGAGCGCGGGGGCAGCAACUCGCUGGAGAAGGAGCUGCUCGCGGAGCACGCGCCAAAGGGCCUGUGGCCCGGCGCCAGCCACUCACUGCCCAGCUCGCACCAGAGCCUCACCGCUGCCGCCGCCUCCUCCGUCACCGAGCCUUCCUCCGUCGCCGCCGCCGCCGCCGCAGCUACCGCCGCGCUGCUGUGCGGCCGCCCGCGCCCCAACACCAGCUGCCCCGUGCCAAUCAAAGUGUGCCCGCGCUCGCCGCCGCCGGAGACCCGCACGCGCACCUCCAGCUCCUGCUCGUCCUACUCGUACGCGGAGGACGGCAGCGGCGGCUCGCCCUGCAGCCUGCCCCAGUUCGAGUUCUCCUCCUCGCCCUGCUCCAACAACAACAACAGCAGCGGCGGCGGUGGGGGCGGUGCCCUCGGGCGCUUCCUGGGUGGCGGUCCGGGCACUGGCGAGCACCAUCACCUCCACCACCACCACCAGCCAGAGUCCAGCGCGCUGGCCGGGGCUGAGGCGCUCCUCUUCAACCAGGUGCCUCGCGCCAAGAUCAAGUGCGAGCAGUCCUACGGCACCAACUCCAGCGACGAGUCGGGCUCCUUCUCGGAAGGGGACAGCGAGUCCUGCCACGUCCAGGAGCAGGGACCCGAGAUCAAGCUCCCCUUUCCCGUCGAUCAAAUCACAAAUCUUCCAAGAAAUGACUUCCAAAUGAUGAUAAAAAUGCACAAACUGACCUCAGAGCAGCUGGAGUUCAUCCAUGACGUCCGGCGCCGGAGCAAGAACCGCAUCGCAGCGCAGCGCUGCCGGAAAAGGAAACUGGACUGCAUCUUGAAUUUGGAGUGCGAGAUUCGCAAACUGGUGAACGAGAAGGAGAAGCUGUUGACGGAGCGUAACCAGCUGAAGGCCUGCAUGGGGGAGCUGUGGGAGAACUUCUCCUGCCUGUCGCAGGAGGUCUACAAGGACGUGCAGCUGAGCCCCGAGCAGGUGCACCGCUACUGCCCCUCGCUACGGCCCGGUGCCAACGCCAACAACAACAACACCACGGCCAACUCCUCCUCCACCACCACCACUAACUCCUCCAGCAACACCACUGCCAGUAAACGCAGCAGCCACAGCACCGCCAACAGCCACGCCGCACCGCCCGGCUCCGGCGCCUCCACCAGCAGCAUCGACCUCACCGCCAACUCCCGCUCCGCCACGCCCGAGCACGGCGGCCGCUUUCGGGGCAAGUCGCCCCCCGGGCUCCCCUCGGAAGGAGAUCCGGGGGAGGCGCCGUCGGGCAAGUGGGCCCUGGUGGCGGGGAACGGGGGAGGAAGCCCGGAGGUGGCGAUGGUCGGGAACGGAGGAGGAAGGGAGGGUCCGGGGCCAGAGUCCGGGCUGGCCAAGGCAGCUGCAGCCUUCCACGAGUCGGGGGCGUCUGUGUCCUCCACCACCUCCUCCUCCUCCUCGUCGGAACAGUGCAACCAGACGGUGACAGUAGACUUCUGUCAAGAAAUGACUGAUAAAUGCACCACAGAAGAACAGCCGCGGAAGGAUUCGUCCUAGUGCUGGUGGUUUAUCUUGUUUUGUUUUGUUGUUUUUGUUGUUGUUUUAUUUUUUUAUUUAGUUAAAUGAAUUUUUUGACAGACCCUUUUCAGAAAAAAAGGGUUGUUUUUUUUACAAUGGUCAGCCUCUGCCAGUGUUCUUAUUUGAAACAUUUUUUUUGGUUUUGUCUUAUGUUGUGUUAGUAUUUAUGUCUUUUUAACUGUUUUGUAAAGGUUGACACUACAGUUGUCUUAACCGCAGCAAUACUGUUGUCCAGGUUUUUUCUCCAGUUCCAACCGUGACAGAACGGUUGCGAUUGAUCUCACACACACACACACACAACGGUGCUACACCCUUUCCCCGCCAAUGACCUCCGCAGUGGCAACGCUGCUUUCUCUGUCUCUCUCUCUCUCUCUCUCUCUCUCUCUCUCUCUCUCUCUCUCUCUCUCUCUCUCUCUCUCUCUCCCUCUCUCUCUCCGUGUAUUACAGUCCAUUCAAAGCAGGGGAUGGGCUCCGGCCUGGUCUCAAACACAAACCUCUAUGGACCUAGAAAACAGCAGUCUCACUCUAUCUGCCUCUCUUUCUCUCCCGCAACUCUCUCUCUAUGUUUUUCUCUCCCUCUUUAACCUUCUUCUUCUCCUCCCUCUCCAGCCUACUACCAAAGAAUGGUCUGUCAGAGUAAAGAUACCCCAAACCACACUUAGAAAAUGCAAAGGAGUGUGCUCAAGGGGGCUUCUGUGCUUCUAAGGGGGCGUUGUCUCCUGACGGCUUGCAUAAGAUGUGCGCUACCGCCAUCUACAGGAAACUCCAUAUAUUCUCCACCUAAAGUCUCCAAAGGUUUCCUAACCGAAGGUCCCCUGAAGGGGCGUUCACCUGACGUCACAUGGAUUCAGGAAAAGCACGGGCUUGAUAUAUCUUCCUCUAAUAGACUGUUCUUUGCGGAUACUGUAUCUCUGAUCUACCCAUUCCCCCCUCUGUCUAUCGCUCUCUCUGUCGCUCGCUCUCUCUGUGUCUCUCUGUCUCAGUGUUCUCAUUCUCUCAGUGGCCCUUGUCACAUAAUGCAAAAACUCAGGAAAUAUUCUGAAUGUUCAAUAUUAUUCAUGGAAAAAAAAUAAGGAUACAGAUUCUGUACAUGAAAGAUUCUCUUUUUUUACAGCAGUUCUCCAACUGUAAACGUUCAUAUGCAAAAAACUGUCUUCUGCUCAUUUUUUUAUUACUGUUUCUGUACUACAACACUUUUAUGUACAGAUGGUUGUAUCUAAAAACAAACAUUCCUCCUUUGCCUUUUACAGCACUGAAAUGAUUGAAAGAAAAGACUCAUAUGUACAAGCAGAAUCAGAAACAGAUUUGACCUGCAAAUUUUUUUAAUAGCUGUCCCUACCGUACACAUCAGCAAUACCCUUGGAUGUUUCAAUGGUGAUGUAACAAGUGCUUGCUUUAGCAGAAAGUGUCGUGUGUGUGUGUAUAUAGUACGGAGCAUGUUGGCUGUCUGUAAAGUACAGGUCAAGGUUUAGCUGUUUUGGUUCUCUCUGGGGUUACAUCGAGCACCUUUUUUUGUUUUACCAAGGGAAAUCACCUUUUUUGCUCUCUGCUGUUUUUCCUGUCUAAAGUAAAUCCCCAUACAGUAAAGGUGGGCGACGAUGUUGUUAAAAACUCAGGAAAUCAGCCUGUCACAAAGCAUGCACUGAAGUGCACCCAAACAUGUACUUAAACACAGACAGACGCACACGCACAGACACACACACACUCACACACACACACACGGACACAUACACGUGCCCCCCCCUCCCCUAUACAUUUAAAUAGUCAGGCCCCUUGGAUGUCGAUAAUGAGGACUGUGUAAAAAGUUUGUAAAUAAGCCGUGGCCCCUCCGCUGCGGUCUGUGUAGACCUGGUUUGACAACCUCUUUAAAUGUGAAGAAGCCACAGCGUUUCUGUGUUUUUGAUCAGUAUUUAAAGAAAAAGAAAUGUAAUAGUGAAUCUCUCAGCCACUUUUUUCUUCAGUGUUAACAUUUUGAUGUUUUCAAAGGGGUUGUUGGGAUAGGUUUUUAUCAUUUAGUGCAGGGAUAUAGUUUGAUACAAAGUUAAAAAAGACGCCACAGCGUCUUAAUAGUUGUGGACAGUUUCUACAGUAGAUUGCUCUUAUUUCUGCCACUCUCACUCUCUCUCUCUCUCUCUCUCUCUCUCUCUCUCUCUCUCUCUCUCUCUCUCUCUCUCUCUCUCUCUCCAUCAUACAUUGCACUCAAACCUGCUAGCACUUCACAAAUAGAAAUAUCUGUAUCAGGACCCUGAUAAAGUCUAAAAAAAGAAAUUGUAGCACUUACAUUGGCACUUAAAAGUGCUCCUAUAAAAGAAAACAAUUUAUUUAAAAGUAAAUUUACCUUAAGACUAGCACAAUAUAUGAAAUAAAAUGAAAUAAAAUACAGGCACAGACACAGAAAAUGGAUUAGAGUUAGACUCGCAGCCAUAAAGAGAAAUGGGUUAGAAAGGCAAUGUGCGGCAGUGUUCUAAUCAUGUGUUCUUGAAGAUAAAAUAAUAAUAUAAUAACAAUAAGCUAAUGGAGAAAUCUAUUAAGUAUACAUGUGAACACAAAGAGGUGUAUGGAGUGAUCGAUAGCUAUGAGACAGUCCUAUGUUUGCCCUUGUUGUACAUUUAAGUAGAGAUAUUAUUCCUGGUGGGAUUGCAUGCUGCUUGUGUAUUUGAAUAUCGUUUGUCUUGUUUAUGUUUGCCUUGGGAUGUAGGUAGCUCUCAGCAUAUUCUCUUUAAUCCAGACUUACCUCGUUUUUGCAAUGAUCAAAGACUUUUUGUCCUCAAUGCCUAUAUUUCUUUCCCCAAUAACGUUGGCCUCCUUGUGCGACUCUUUGGUUACUUCCCAUCACUUCCCUGCAACACAAAUACCGUAGGCCUAUGCACCAACACGAUGAUCACAUUGUCAAAGCUAUUUCAGAGUGGAGCAGUAUUGAUUGAUGAAGGUGCAUGUGGGGUGACUACUAUUUGUGCCAAUAAACUCUCUUCUUCCCUUCUCCACUGAUAUCACUCCACUGAAAGCCUUUCAGUGUUGACGACAGGAAAAAAUGCUUGAGCUUUUAACCCCAAGAGCUUUUAAAAAAAAACAUAGCAGUAGUUGGUUGAUGUCUGUUGGUGUAUUUAUGUGAUCAAACAGUCCAAAGAAUUUUCCUUGGACCCCCACCAUUAUGAAAUGCCCCCAAACACAUGCACACUCACACACGUACACAUGUACGCAUACAGACAUUAUACACACAAAAUACACACCUUAAAACAUGUACACAAUCACUCAUUAAAAUACGUACAUGUUGGAUAAAAUAUUCUCAGUUAGAGAGUUGAAAUCUAGAAUUAUUGUAAUUGCUAGUAAUAAUUGUUGUUUUCAGUGUGGUUCUUAUUUUUUCCCAAUUUUCUGCUUUUCUUGAUGUAAAAUGCUCUUUAUGCCAUUACAAUGUAAAUUAUAUACCAUUUCAAGAAUUGUACACAGGUACCAAACAAAAAAGUGAAGCUAGAUGGGUCCAAGUGGACAUUGGUGCAAACAUAUGCAAGUCAUCCCUAUAAAUUCAUUGUCAUUGUACAAAGUGAAUGGUGGAAGAGCCAGUUCCACAAGGCAAGCACAUAAUGAGUUUUUUCUUUUUAGGAAAAUGUCUGUCUGCCGUAUACAGUUUGGGUCAACCAAUCUUUGCUUUUCUAAAGAAAAGCAUAUCUUUUGAAACAUAAAAAAAAUCUCAUCAUGUUAUUUUUGUUCUGUUAUAGUGCUUUGUUUGCGUUGUUGGGUAGCAAAAAGUGCUUAGCUUACUUCUGGAUUGUAUUUUUGUUAUUUUUUUGCCUCGGUCUUGUUUUUUUCUGUCGAAAGUGCUUUGAAAUUGACAGAAGGAAAUGAAUAGCACAGGUGGGGUUCAGGAGGAUGCCUGUCUCUUGUCUGUGUCGCCGUGGCGAUUGGUUGAUCGAUUGCCUCCACGGUGAUUAGAAUCCCAUGCAUCAAAUAUAAGCUUUUUGUUUGCAGUCAUUUCAGUUAUUCAUAAAUGAAACAAAUCAACUCACCCAGGUUUUUUCUCACUCUCUCUCUUUUUUUCUUUCAUAAUCACAGUUGCUCUUGUAAAUUGUCUCAGGGUGCCAACAGGUUCUUCGCUCUACAUUCAGAUGCUUGGUCAGUCUGUAUGCUUGUAGCUAAUUUUGUGUUGUUUUGUCUCUAUGUUCAUGACUUUUUGAAAUACUUGCUAAUGUCCGUGUAUAUAGAUUUCCGAGAAGCUUUUGUGUUUAAGUAUCUUCAAUGCAAACUCAACCUUUUUUUGAAAGUUAAUACCCCAAUCAAGGGCUGUAGACUCUCUAAAUCUUUUUUUUUAAUACUUCACUUAAUAAUGAAAUGUUUUCUAUGAUAAUUGACAGAAAGCUAAGCUAAGCUUUUAAACCUUGAAAUUUGGAAGUGCUUUGAUGACAGACUACUUUCUCAUGUGGACUAUUGGUUUCCAUGUUUGACCAAGAAUCACGGUCUCUGUGUUCCAACGAUAAAAGUACAAAUAUGUGUAAAGCCCUCUAACGUUUUUAUAAGCUUUUAAUAUCGGUGUAAAUCUGUUUGUUUGUUCUUUUAUUUUGGCUGCUUCUCUGAAACAUUUACACUGGCUCUCCAAAGGUUACUCUUUUCACAGAUGAUGAAAUCUUGCCUUUUACACAAUUUGCUCAACUUUAUAAGAUGAUGGUGUGGAGACUGAAUUCACAAAGGAGAUAAUUUUGAGAUGUUAAAAAAAGAAAAGCAAAAAUGUUUACAUAAAAAGGUGUCACUUCAUGUUUAUGGAGUUCUCCAUGUAUAUAAUAACUGAUGCGUAAAAUUUGAUGGAGUGAGGAUUUUUCAUAUUUCAAAUGAGAGAAAAAAAUCUGAAACAAAAGGGGAAAAAAUACCCAUUGACAACAUGUAUUCCCUUAAUGUCAUCUUCUCAACUGCGGGGAUGUUUCAGAAAUACAUGGAUAUACUAUAAGUGCACCUCCAAUAUUUGCCUUAGAACUUGCAGAGGCCAUAGUUCACCUUGAAAUGAAGUGGGUGUAUGCAGGGGUCCUUGUGGCCCCCCAUCCCUAGAUCAACAGAGCGGACUGUCACACUUAUCUACCUGUGAAAUCCUUCAUACCUCUCAUAACUGGUCAAUGACUGUAUCAGCAAACUGCAUCAGGUGUUUUUUCUACAUGCUUUUUACACAAAACUAUAUGGAUUAUUGUAUUAGGUAGGUUUUUGGUGCAUCAUUUUUAAAUGUAAUAGCUCUUCGGCACGUAGUCACAGUUGUUUUCCUCUCUUCUCUUCUCUCUCUAUCUCUCUCUUUCUCUCGUUUUUUCUAGGAGACUGUUUUGUGUUAAUAUUGUCAAUUUGAGAUAGCUGUAAUUUGCUUAUUCUCUACUAAGAGUUUUUACCUUUUUCAUUUCUAAAGGCUACAUGACCCUGAUGAAUUAAAUGACUUAACAACCAUUGUACAUAUGGUAUUGUGCAAAAACUCAUUUUCAUGCAUUUCAAUUGCUAGUGUUAUAUAAAUGACAGAUUUUUGUCUAGACACCAUUUCUGUUUAUGAAAUAAAGAAACA